AUGCAGGGAGCGCUGGGAGGGCUUCGCUUUGUGCUCAAGCGCAGUAUAGCGCGCGUGCCGCUGGUGGGGUGGGCACUGCAGAUGCUGCACUUUGUGUUCAUCGACCGCUGCUGGCGUACAGACGAGGCAGGCAUGGGCGCCACUCUGCAGCAGCUGCGGGCGUGUGCAGGGAAGCAGAACGGGCAGCAGAAGCAGAGGAGAGGCUUCUGGCUUGCCAUCUUCCCUGAAGGCACCGACUUUACGGAGCAGAAGAGAGAUGCAUGUCAGGAGUUUGCGCGGGCCAGGGGCCUCCCAGUGCUGCAGCAUGUGCUGCUGCCUCGCACGCGUGGCACCUACUUGUGUCUGCACCAGCUGCACUCAGUGUUUGACGCGCUGAUCGAUGUGACUGUUGCAUACGACAAGGGGCAAGGCGGCAUGCAUGACCUGGCCAAAUUGGCCAUAGGGCGAGGCCCAAGAAGAGUCUUCCUGCACCUCAAGCUCCUUCCUGUGGGUGCGCCACAGGCGUUUAGUCAGCACGCGUUCAACGAGGCCAUGUUUGAUAUGUACAUGCGCAAGGAUGCAUUGCUCUCGCAUGUGUAUGCCAAGGGAAGCAUGCCUUCGUCCACACUUGUCUCUCUGCGCCCGCCAACCAGGAUAGGAUUCGCCUCUCUUGCUCUCAGUUUGUUCAUGACCAUGGUGACUGUAUCAUUGUUUAUAUUACCGUAG